AUGACAGCCCUUGCUGCCGAUAACACCGCCGCCGUCGCCGAGGUGGCCCGGCCGGGUGAGGCCGAGGACAUCAGCGAGAAGACGACUAAUAUCACCAAGACCAAGGAGGGCGCGCCUGAGUCGCCCGAGAUCGAUGCGAUUCCACCUACCUACGAUAAGGAAAGCAGCCAGAGCAAGGACGAUGCCAGCGACGAUGCCAUCAUCGUCACCGGCGCCGAUGCGGCCGUUCAUCUGCUCUCCCUGAGGGACGACGGAGGACAGGCCCUGACCUUCCGCAGCAUCCUGCUCGCCACCAUCCUGUCGGCGUUUCAGGCCGUCAUGUACCAGAUCUACACGUUCAAACCCACCGCCAUCACCAUCCAGGGCACCUUCAUUGUCCUCAUCGCCUACUUCCUGGGCAACGGCUGGGCCGCCCUCCUGCCGCGUGGCGACAGGCUCCUGGCGAGAUGGAGAGAGCCGGGGGGCCAGGGCCGACCUCCGCUCUGGAUCACGCUCGCCAACUUCCUCAACCCAGGCCCCUGGAACCUCAAGGAACACGCCAUCUGCGCCAUCACGGCCACGUCGGCGUCCAACGCGGCCGCGAGCGUCCAGGUCUUCGCCGCCCAGGACCUCUUCUACGACCUGCCGCUCAGCGCCACCACCGUCGUCUUGGCCGUCAUCUCCAUCGGCCUUUUCGGCUACGGCUUGUGCGGCAUCAUGCGCCCCGUCGCCGUCUGGCACGUCGAUGCCGUCUACUGGAGCAACCUGCCCACUGUCAAGACCCUCCAGGGGCUCCACUGGGAGGACGUAAAGAACUCCAAGCCCCUCCGCUGGUUCUGGUACAGCUUUGUCGGCAUGUUCUUUUACGAAUUUCUGCCCGCCUACAUCUGGCCCUGGCUCAAUGCCAUCUCCAUACCCUGCCUCGCUGCCAUGCACACCGUCGGCAAGAAGGCCGCCGUCCUCACCAACCUCUUUGGAGGCUCCAUCAAUAACGAGGGCCUCGGCCUCUUCUCGAUCUCCCUCGACUGGCAAUACAUCACCUCCUUCAACACCGCGCUUCCCCUCCCCCUUCAGGCCCACGCCGCUUUCGGGUACCUGGUCUGCUAUGCCGCCAUGCUUGGUAUCUACUACACCAACGCCUGGGGCGCCAAGUCGCUCCCCUUCAUGUCCACCCGCCUCCGGUCUCAGGACGGCGGCACCUAUCCUACCGCCGAGGUCUUUGUCGGCGGCGUGCUCGACCGAGAAGCAUUCCAAAAAUACGGCAUCCCUCGCCUGACGGGUUCCUUUGCUUAUUCCCUGUUUAUGGCAAACGCUGCGAGCACCAUCCUCUACUCUCGCUACGGCAAUGGCAUCGCCACCAACAAUCUUUCCAAGAUGUUGGCCGGCCUAAUCCUCCCUGAACGCCCUAUCGGAAACAUGUACUUUGCGUGCUGGUCGCACAACGUCAUCGCAAACUGCGUCAACUUGUCUGGCGACCUCAAGAUGGGCGAGUAUCUCAAGAUUCCACCCCGAGUCAUGUUCCUCACCCAGGUGUACGGCACCAUCUUGGGUGGCUUCAUUAACUACGCCGUCAUGAUCUCCAUCGUGGGCGGGAACCGGGAACUCCUGGCCAACACGGACGGCAACAGCUCCUGGAGCGGCGCCAACAUGCAGUCCUACAACACCAACGCCACCUCGUGGGCGCUGGCCAAGUACAUGUUCACCUCGGGCGCCACCUACUUCAAGGUGCCCAUCGGUCUGGCCAUCGGCUUUGGCAUCGUCAUCCUGCACCGCAUCUUUGCACAUUUUGUGCCCAAGAUCCGGUCCUUCUCCGUCUACGACAUCAACAUGCCCCAGUUCAUCCAGUACGCAGGCUACAUCCCCUACAACGCGUCGCAGACGUGCGUCCUCCUGAGCCAGGUCCUGUCGGGCUUCUACGUCCAGUACUGGCUGCGCAACUACCGCCCACGCAUCUUCCGCGACUACUCGUACCUCAUCACGGGCGCCUUCGACGGCGCCGCCCUCUUCGCCCUCUUCAUCCUCUCCUUCGCCGUCUUCGGCGCCGGCGGCCGCUCCGUCCCCUUCCCCAAGUGGUGGGGCAACAACGUCGAUGGGUACUACGACCUCUGUCCCGUGCCCGAAGAGUGA